AUGAUGCAGAUGGAUUGUGCUAUUGAUAGGAUUAGCGAUCUUCCCCGCGACAUCACAGAUAAAAUUCUUCUGUCAAUGCCUUUGCGUGAUGCUGUGAGGACAAGCACACUGUCCUCACAGUGGAGGUACAAAUGGACAACAAUUCCUGACCUUGUUUUCGAUCCAGAUUCCUUUAAUGAAAACAAUGUGGAAGCCAUGGUCGAUCAAGUUUUUUCCCUUCAUGAAGGGACCAUAAACAAAUUCUCACUCACAAAUUUUCGAAUCCAAAGCGAUUCAUCGAUCAGUCGCUGGUUAUCUUAUUUGUCUGAACAUGGUAUAAAAAGCCUUGAGCUUUCGCUUUACUACUUAAAUCGAGAUCCAGUGACUGUUCGUCUCACUGAUUUCGAUCACCUCCAGCAUUUGCACCUUGGAAAUCCUUGUGAUGUUAAAAUUCCUCCUUCAUUGAGAGGAUUUAAUAGCCUUACUAAACUAGAACUUUUCAAAGUCAAUAUUGAUGUCUGCGACUUGGAAGUGUUGCUUUCGAAAUGUCCAAUGAUUGAGUACUUGGACGUGAAGAUCUUCAUGCAUGGAGUGAUGAAUGAGCUUCCAAACAAGCUCAAGUAUCUCACUGCUCUUCAUCUUGGCUAUGUUAACUUCAUAGACUUGAGAAACAUCGACGUCCUUGUGAGCUUGAUCAAAAGCUCCCCCAACUUGCAGACACUUAAACUUUAUGGUUCCGCAAGCAGGGAUGAGUAUUGCAUCACUAUCUUUCUGAAGAUUUUGCACGCCAUGAAUCCUUGUAUCUGUUUCCUUGAAGAUGUGGCGAUCGACUUUAUGAUGGGUGAUGCUGCGCGAUUGGAGUUUGUGAAAACUAUUUUGCGGUGGACAGAUGCGCUUAAAGGAUUGGGAAUAGAUGAUCCUAUAGCGAGUAGAGACAAUGUGUCGACAGAGUUUGAAAACUUCAAGCGCGCCUUGUUAUCUAAAGCAGGAAUUAAGCUAUUCACGCCGAAGUUAACAACUGUAGUUGAGACACUGAUAACGCUUUAA